GGAAGGAGGAGUUGCAGGCCAAUCGCCCCUCGGCCUUGAGAACAACUCGGACCCCCAACCAAAUCACUUCUCAUCCUCAACCUUCCCCCUUCCAGCAGGCAUCACUCCUCGCUGCUAGUAUACUAACUAGUAUUAGCCUGCUAGGUCUUUCAUCUUCCAUACUUACCUACAGUACAAAGGCCUCGUUCCCACUCUUUUCAAACAAGAAGGCUUCUUUAUGCUUCGAUCCCCACCUACCCCCUACCACUAACCCGCAAUAUAUCGAUUUCAUACACCCUCCCACCCCACGUCUUUGGUGAUGCCACUGUUAAACUUCCAUGCCAUCCAUGGGAUCUCGUAAGAGAGUAAAGCCCAGCCCGCCAGGCGCGGACGCCCGUUCGACCACAUCCUCAAAUGACAGUGCAGUCUCCGGUUCCACAGCCAAACAACGUGCUCGUGCGCAGAAGAGAGGAAGCGGUGUGAGCUGGUACCCAACUGCCUGGCCGGCCGUUCCAAGAGCAUCCAAAGCCGCCCCGGUUACCGAGGUUGCCCGUGAGAGCAUUUCCGCCGCCCAGAACAUAUCCCCAGCACUCCCGCGACUCACCUCCUCGUCAACUUCCCAACUAAGCGUGGCCCCCAGGCAGUCUCGCCAUCCAUCCCUCCAGUUGACUCGAAAGGAUACUGCAUCUAGCCGCUCCCUCCCCGCCAGCGCUACCACAACCAUAGUCAAUAUAGCUUCAGAUGGUACUGCGUCGACUCCGGCAGACGACGCCCGAUCAGAUCGUACUACAGUGGCAGCGAAUCCAGUCGAGGAGGUUGCACCCAGUGACAGAGGCUCAGCUGUGGCGGAGGAUACGCGCAACGAACCGUCAAACACAGCCCCCGCGACAGCAGUCGCGGGCGACAGUGCUACAGGUGUAGACUCCGGUGUACAGUCUGGUUCCCAAGCAGGCGGAUGGUUUUCGUGGCUCUAUGGAUCAUCGACGGCUGAUAGAUCUGGCCCACAAGACCAAAUGGCGAAGCCGGAGGAGGAGCCACCAUCGGAAACACCAGACAACAAAGAGGAAGAAAGGACGAUAGAAGACCAAAAUCCAACAGUAGCAGAAACAGAAGCAGACCAGGAGCAGCCCGCCGAAACAUCUGAAGUCUCAGGGACAGCCCAGAAGCGGUCUUGGCUUCAGAUGUGGUAUGGCUCGUCCGCCUCAAAGGCCCCGGAAAAUACUCCCAUCGAAGCCUCCAGCGGAACCGACACACCCACAUCUUCUGUCCCGCAUGCAGCACCUGCACCGAGCCAAGAGAAUGAGAUGCAAGGGGAGGUAGAUGGCCCAGUUAAACCACUAGAUCCGAAUACAAAGGCUUCCGGGUGGAGCUUCUGGUUUCGAGAUGCUUCGAAGGAUUCCGAACCCGGCAAGUCGCAAGAUGCCCAGGUAGCCGAAGCCUCCAUGACUCAAGAGCCUUCGAAGAAGCCUGCUGUGGAACCUGAGCCUGAGAAUGAGCCUAGGGUGGGGGUGGUGAAGAAAGGAAGCGUCAAAGCUAAGGUUUCUAAGAGUACUGCUAAUUUACUUGACAAAGCUACCGCACGAGCCGAAGCAGAUGUCAACGCUCCAAGCCAAGGGCCGUCUGAGACUGUAGCAACAAAACAACUCCAGAAGGUUCUACCGAACCAAGUGCUUCCGCGGUUCGAGGACACAUUUGCCUUGGAAGAGAAGCCGGGCAUACUCCAGACGAUAGGGCGCUACUUGCACUAUAACAAACAAGCCGACAACAAGCAUGUUUACAUGGUCCGGGAUCCGCCGCAUAUCAAAAAGGCACUCGCCAUAGGUGUACACGGAUAUUUCCCGGCUCCUCUGAUACGGAGUGUUCUCGGACAGCCAACCGGAACAUCGAUCAGAUUCUCAACAAUGGCAGCUGAAGCCAUACACAAGUGGGCAGAGGACUUUGGCUACAAAUGCGACGUAGGCAAAAUUGCCCUGGAAGGCGAGGGCCGUAUAGCCGAGCGCGUGGAACUGUUAUGGAAGCUGCUAUUAAACUGGAUGGAGGAGAUCCGAACGGCGGACUUCAUCCUGAUUGCAUGUCACAGCCAGGGUGUUCCGGUGGCAAUCAUGCUCGUUGCCAAGUUGAUAUCCUUUGGCUGCAUCAAUGCAUCCCGUGUUGGUAUAUGCGCCAUGGCGGGCGUCAAUCUGGGCCCGUUCACCGACUACAGAUCACGAUGGAUUAGUGGUUCAGCGGGCGAGCUCUUCGAAUUUGCCCUGCCCUACAGUCAGGUUUCGAGGGAUUAUGAAGCGGCAUUGCGCACAUGCUUAGAUUUUGGGGUGCGAAUAUCGUACAUUGGCAGCAUUGACGAUCAGUUGGUUUCCUUAGAGUCCUCACUAUUUACCCCCGUGUCCCAUCCGUAUAUCUACCGCGCAGCCUUUGUCGACGGCAGGGUCCACGCCCCGAGCUUUCUCUCACACCUAGUCGGCUUCGUCCUGAAGCUCCGCAACCUCGGUAUUGCAGACCACGGCCUCAUCCGCGAACUCAGCUCCCCGUUAGCCGGCAGUCUCUACACCGGCGAAGGCCACUCCCGCCUCUACGACGACCCCGCAGUCUACCGCCUCGCCAUCCAAUUCGCCCUCCAAACCACCGCCCUCCCGCUCACAACAACAGCCACCACCAAAACCCUCCUCGACAUCAAACGCACGCAACCCCCUUCCCCCGCCAACCCGUACAUUCUUCCCUUCGCCAUGCGCGGCCUCCUCGAGGAGGAGUACGUCCGCCGCGAGCUGACGACCGAGACCAUGGAACUGCUCCAACAGUUCGACGACUGGAAACCCUCCAGUAAGGUCCUGAAGGAUGUGAAGUUCCGGUUGGAGGGGAUCCGGUCGAAGCUGUAGCCAUCAUUUCCCCUCUUCUCGUUUCGUUACGCCUCUUUUUCUUUUGCGGGUUCGAAAAUAAGCGGGCGGGUUUGUGAACAUAGAACUUUUUUUACUUAUUUUUUAGCUUCAAAGAAUUUACUAUCUUAGCUUAGGUUGGGGGUCCUUGUGGAAUAUAUUCGGUUCUUGAUUCUCGAGACCUGAGACUUGGUUUGGGGUUGGUUAUUUUGGUUUGGUUCAAGGUGUAAGGUAUGAGGUAUGAGGUAUGAGGUAUGAGGUAUGAGGUAUGGGGUAUG